UCGAACUGCAUCGAAAGAAACAAUGUCGUUAUUUCAUUAACUCUCCUUUGUUCUAUUUGUCCUACAUAUUGUGGUUUAGUUCAGUUAUUUUUUGGUGAAGUGUUUAUUUUAGAUGUUAAAACUGGAUAUAAUCCGUUGGAGAGUUCGAUAAAUAACGAGGAAAUAACAUAAUUGGCUGUCUAUUUUUAUGGGCUGUUCUGUGUCAUGUGUCCACCGAGCGACGAUGUCGUUGUUUGGUAGGCACCCCAGCACCUCUAGCGAUGCCAGAGUCAUAUUGGAGAGAAAGCUGUACCUCGCCAGGGAGUCUCCCGAACCAGAUUACGAUGUCUCCGGCUGUGAACUACGACAAGUGCCGUCCGGUAUCUACUCAAUAUGUAAAGUGUAUAGAAAAACUCAUCUCCACCUGCAGUCAAAUAAUUUACAGUCCUUGGAAGAGGGUGGUCAGCUAUCAGACUUGCACCUCAUUCAAUAUCUCAAUAUCAGCAGCAACAAGUUUGUAAGCUUACCCAAUACAAUCCGAUAUCUCAUCAACCUGACUGAGUUAUAUAUCCAAAACAACUAUAUUACAUACUUGCCUGAAAGUAUACAUUUCUUGAAAAAUUUGAAUAUACUGGAUGUAUCAAAUAAUAAACUUAAAAGCUUAACUCCAUCUUUAGGAAAGUUGAAAAAUUUGAAGAAAUUGUCAAUAAUAGAUAACAAGGAUUUACAUCAUCUAUGUCCAGAGUUGUGUUUUGCAACUAAUAUCAGUCUAUUAGAGUUAGACGGAGAACUUUUUACUUUUCCUCCAGCAGACAUUGCUUCCAAGGGUACCACAGAGAUAAUGAAAUUUCUGUGCCAUGAAAUGAAAAUAGAUUACACCCCACCUUUACCUUUGGAACAUGAGUUUUCACCUGUUGCUGUAAUAGACAGUGUUAAGGAUUCUUUUGAUACUGGCAAGACUAUGUCAUGGGAGGAGCAAGAAGCAGCAAUCACCGAGCAAGAAAAUAAAUUCCACGAAGCUGCUAAACAGCAGAGGGAGCGGUUUCUGUCACAAGUGUUGCAGGAUCGUCUUGAAUUAGACACUGAGAUAGCAAAAGUUCAUGAAGCAAAAGAGACUGAGCGACAAAGACUGAUUAAAGCUAUUCAAGAGGAAGAGAAAGAAAUUGAAUGUUUGGUGAAGAACUUCAUUCAGACUGAUCAACUUAGGCCUGAGGUCAUCCAGCAACAGCUUGCCUAUGAUAUUGCCGAGCAUGAUAGACUCUUAGAAAUAACUCGGCAGAAUUAUGACAAUAUCAAAAAAGCUGACAUCUUAACGGCCAUGGAGAAUCUCAUAAAAGAAGACUACUUUAUUCAAUAUGCACGAAAAGAAUAUGAUGAAUGCAUUCAUAAUACAAAGAAAAGUAUGCUCUCACAUGAAUUACAAAGUGUUGAGAAAUUGGAAGAUUUAUUAAAAGCUAAAGAUCAAUCUCGCACAAAUUUAGUCCAGCAACUUCUCGAGGAUCAGGAUGUGCAGAAAGCUGUGGUGGCAUCUCUAGUUGAGAGAGUUGAUGCUAAGAGUUGGAGCUUAAAUCAAGAAAUAUCUUUAAUUUCUCGCCAUUUAGCUCGGCUAAGUGUCAUUGAACAAGAAAAAAAGAAGCUGCAUGUGGCAUGCAACUACAAUGAUCUACUGGCUCAAAGAAUGCAGCUUGUCACUCUGUUAGAUGAUGUUUUGCAUCAGAAAAAUAAAAGACGGAUAGAAUUGAUAGAGACCUUAAAAGAAAUGGAAAAUGAGACAGACAAGACUACUGAUUUCUGGCUUAAAAAUUAUCAAAAAUUGAUUGAUUUUGCUCCUAAGACAUUAUUAGAUGUUAGUAAGAAUUUAGAUCCCGUGUUGGCUAAUUAUUUAUUACAAGAAGGUGUAAUACAUUGUCUGCCAUUCUUGGUAAAGUUUUUAUUUUCUGAUAAUAAUAUAACAGACAUAACAUCAGAGAAAUUAAUUCAGUGUGGCAUAUCACAAUCUUCAGAUAGAGAUGGCAUUAUUAGAGCCAUAAAUUAUUAUGUUGCUACUAAAACCAACAGUUCAUUCUACAGCAGUGGUGUAUCUGCAGUUGAGCCAAGUGCACCAUCAAAAUCAGUAAUAGAAGAUCAAAAUUGCACUGGGGUUGUGAGCACAACAGAAACAGAGAAUGCGACAGUAGAGUCGGAAUGUGUGGUGUGUAUGGAUUCAAAAUGUGAAGUGGUGUUUGUACCAUGCGGGCACAUGUGCUGCUGCCACCGAUGUGCCGACGAGGAGAUGGUUUCUUGCCCCAUGUGCAGAGGCAAUAUAGAAAGGAAAAUCAAAGUCAUGGUUGCAACAUCACAUUAAUAUUAAAGUGACAUGUCAAUUACAAAAGCGACCAAUCAAUGUGGCUUUGAAGAUUACCUACUGGUGUCUAUAAUAAUUCCAUGUAAGUACAUAGUAUAGCGUUAUAUAAUAACAGCAUUGUUAACCGUUUUUGGAUGUUUUGCACAUAUAUAUUAAGAUAUGCCAUGGAAAAAUUACGAUAGGUACCUUUGAAUAGGUAACUGUAAAUACAGUAAAAGUGUAAAAAUUAAUUUAAUAAAAUGAUAUUCUAAAAUUGAACUACUUGUAAACAUUAAAUUAUCUAGUAAUACGUUUU